AUGACUAAAACGGCUAGUGCUAGACGUGCCCGAAACCAAGCUUCAUCUCUUGCUGUGCCAAGACAGAACUCAAUAUCAGAUAAUGGAAGGGCAAGGCAGAACCCUAGCUGUGAAAUGCUUGCAGCAAUGAACAAAGAACAGCUUCGAGCUGAAUGCAGAAAAAGGGGCCAACGGUCUUCUGGCAACAAGAAUGAACUGCUAGCCCGUCUCGGGUACUACAAGCUGGCGGCCGCGGUGCAGCAGAACGACACGGAGCCGCGCACGCGCAACGGCCUCCACGCCCAUCCGAAGGAGACGAAGAAUAAAACUGUCCAAAUGGACACCGACAGCUUAGUUCUCUGGAGGAGGCCGUUGACGACCUUAGACUAUUUCUUGAGAGAACUUCUGAUAUUGAUCUCGACAGGCAUGCAGAGGUUGCUUGCUUAUAGAAUACUAGCGCUAACAAUAUUGUUAUCAGUAGCCGGUACAGUCACUUCUUACUACCUGAGCGGACCACACCAACCACUCGUUCAGCUGGUGGUGACGAAGCUCGCGUGGUGGGGCUGGUGGGUGGUACUUGGGGUGUGCAGCUCGGUGGGCCUGGGGACUGGCCUGCACACUUUCCUCCUCUACCUAGGGCCCCACAUAGCGCGCGUCACGCUGGCCGCGUACGAAUGCGGCUCUCUAGACUUCCCCGAGCCGCCCUAUCCUAACGACAUCAUCUGUCCGACGGACGCGGCGGCGGCGGGCGCGGUGACGGUCUGGAGCAUAAUGUCCAAGGUGCGGAUCGAGUCGAUGCUGUGGGGCGUCGGCACGGCCCUGGGUGAGCUGCCGCCGUACUUCAUGGCGCGCGCGGCCCGCCUCUCGGGCGGCUCGCUCGCCGAGGUGGCGGAGCUGACCGCCGACGACACGCGCACCGGCAGGGCUAAGGUGAUGGUGCAGAGGCUGGUGCAGCGCGUCGGUUUCGCGGGCAUCCUCGCGUGCGCGUCCAUCCCGAACCCGCUGUUCGACCUGGCCGGCCUCACGUGCGGCCACUUCCUGGUCCCGUUCUGGACGUUCUUCGGCGCCACAGUCCUGGGCAAGGCGGUCAUCAAGAUGCACAUACAGAAGAUGUUCGUCAUCAUCGCCUUCAACGAGGCGCUGGUCGGGCAAGUCUUGACGUGGGUGGAGAGGAUACCGUACGUGGGUCCGAAGCUCGAAGCCCCACUCUUGGAGUUCCUGCGCAACCAGAAAGCGCGGCUGCACAAGCGGGACCCCGCUUCGCCGUUGCCAGAGAACCAGGGCUCGGUGCUGUCGAGCCUCCUCGAGAAGUUCGUGCUGGCGAUGGUGCUGUACUUUGUGGUGUCCAUAGUGAACGCCCUGGCGCAGAACUACGCCAAGAGGGCGGGCAAGAAGAAGGGCAAGAAGCGCGAC